UUCAGAGAAAAUUUUGUGGGGAAAAAGACACAGGUGUUAUGAAGAUCAAGACCAAUGUUUAUGAGCUUUGUGAAGUAUUUGUUGACCGUCAAAAGAUUCUAGUCUUUCCUUCCCGCGUGAUCCGCCGCCAUGAAGGCUUCCGGCCUACUCAAGGAGUACAGCGUGAUAGGGCGCAAGCUGCCCUCAGACACAGAUCCUGAGCCGCAGCUGUACAAGAUGAGGAUAUUCGCCCCGGACAGAGUCACCGCCAAGUCUCGCUUCUGGUACUUCCUCUCCAAGCUGAAGAAGAUGAAGAAGUCCAGCGGCGAAAUAGUCUCCAUUAAUCUGGUGGUGGAACGCAAGCCCCAGGUGGUGAAGAACAUUGGCAUUUGGCUGCGCUACGACUCCCGCUCCGGCACUCAUAACAUGUACCGCGAGUACCGGGACCUGACUGUGUCUGGCGCCGUCACGCAGUGCUACCGUGACAUGGGCGCACGACACAGGGCACGCGCUCACUCCAUACAGAUCAUGCGUGUGGAGACCGUGUCCAGUGGAAAGUGCCGCCGCCCACUCACCACUCAGUUCCACAACUCCAAGAUCAAGUUCCCUUACCUCACCCACCACAAGAAGAAGAACAUGAAGCGCGACCGCAUCACCUAUGGCCGGCCCAUCCCCAAGACCUUCUAAACAGUGGUGUUGUAUUGGUGGUGGCAGUUUUUGUGAUGAGAGGAAUAAAGCCUCUGUGUUGA